CGAUGGGUCAAAUGGCCCCCGGUGGGGGAAGGAGGAGUUUCCUCUUGGCCUGAACUUGGCUGACCUCCGCCGCUUCCGCCCGACUCUGGCUAAAGUCUUGGAGGCUACUGCCUUGAAGAUGACCUCUAGGGACCAGCCCAACCCCAAGGGCCCCCGGAAAAGCACUUCGCCUUGUCCUGGGAUCUCAAACUCUGAGAGCUCUCCGACGCUGAAUUAUCAGGGCAUUCUAAAUCGGCUCAAGCAGUUCCCCAGGUUUUCUCCUCAUUUUGCUGCGGAGUUGGAGAGCAUUUACUACUCGCUGCACAAGAUCCAGCAGCAUGUGGCAGAACAUCACAAGCAGAUAGGAAACUUCUUACAGAUUGUGGAGAGCUGCAGCCAACUCCAGGGUUUCCAGUCUGAGGAGGUCUCACCUGCUGAACCAGCCAGCCCUGGGACGCCCCAGCAGGUGGAGGACAAGACCCUGCAGGAGUCGAGCUUUGAGGACAUCAGGGCCACCAGGUCCUCCGACUGGCUCCGGCGGCCUUUGGGGGAGGACAGUCAGCCAGAGACCCAGCUGUUCUGGGACAAGGAGCCUUGGUUUUGGCACGACACUCUGACCGAGCAACUCUGGCGGAUUUUUGCCGGCGUCCGUGAUGAGAAGGCAAAGCCCAGAGACAGACAGCAGGCACCAGGCCUGGGGCAGGAAAGCAAGGCACCAGGAUCCUGUGACCCAGGAACAGACCCAUGUCCCGAAGAUGCCUCCACUCCCAGGCCACCUGAGGCCUCCUCCAGCCCCCCUGAGGGUUCCCAAGACAGGAACACAACUUGGGGUGUGGUCCAGGAGCCUCCUGGAAGAGCCUCUCGGUUUCUACAGUCCAUAUCCUGGGACCCUGAGGACUUUGAAGAUGCAUGGAAGAGGCCAGAUGCCUUGCCCGGGCAGUCAAAGAGACUCGCCGUCCCGUGCAAACUGGAGAAGAUGCGGAUCUUGGCACACGGGGAGCUCGUGCUUGCCACGGCCAUCAGCAGCUUCACGCGGCACGUGUUCACCUGUGGCAGAAGAGGCAUCAAGGUGUGGAGCCUGACUGGACAGGUGGCUGAGGACAGGUUCCCUGAGAGCCACCUGCCUAUACAGACCCCUGGGGCCUUCCUGCGCACCUGCCUGCUGUCCUCAAACAGCAGGAGCCUGCUCACCGGUGGCUACAACCUGGCUAGCGUGAGCGUGUGGGACCUGGCGGCGCCCUCCCUGCAUGUGAAGGAGCAGUUGCCCUGUGCAGGUCUCAACUGCCAGGCCCUGGAUGCCAACCUGGAUGCCAACCUGGUCUUUGCCAGCUUCACCAACGGUGUGGUCAGGAUCUGGGACCUGCGGGAUCAGAGUGUGGUCAGGGACCUCAAGGGUUAUCCUGAUGGAGUCAAGAGUAUCGUGGUCAAGGGCUACAACAUCUGGACUGGGGGUCGGGAUGCCUGUCUGCGGUGCUGGGACCAGAGGACCGUCAUGAAGCCUCUGGAGUACCAAUUCAAGUCUCAGAUAAUGAGCCUGUCCCACAGCCCCCAGGAGGACUGGGUGCUGCUGGGCAUGGCCAAUGGCCAGCAGUGGCUGCAAAGCUCCAGCGGGAGCCAGCGGUACAUGGUGGGGCAAAAAGACAGCGUCAUCCUGAGCGUCAAGUUCUCCCCCUUCGGCCAGUGGUGGGCAAGCGUUGGAAUGGACGACUUCCUUGGCGUCUACAGCAUGCCGGCGGGGACAAAAGUGUUCGAGGUGCCCGAGACGUCCCCAGUCACGUGCUGUGACGUCUCUUCCAACAACCGCCUCGUUGUCACAGGCUCCGGGGAGCACGCCUCCGUGUACCAGAUCACCUACUGAGGGGCCUCGCUGCUGUCAUCCCACUCCGGCUCCUGUUUUCAUCCCCCCUUUAUUCCCCGCCCCCAACCAGGGGGGUCAUGGUGGAGGGAAGCGGGAAGGCUCUUAUAUGGCAUCGCACGAUCUAGUCUGUGGUGUAGACUGGUCGCCAUCACAUGUAAUAAAGCACCCGGGAAAGGCA